GCUGCUGCUGGCCAUGCUGGAGCCAGACGUGUGACUUCCCGGGGCCCUGGCACGGAGGGGUGGGGACAGUUUGCCCCAAGUGCCCCCUCUUUCUGGACCCCUCUGAGGCCUGGUGGCAGGGCCCACCACCGUCCCUGGUGAGGGUGGACGCCUCCUGGGACCCAGCCGAGACGGGGGCGCGGCAGAAGGCGAUGGAUGAAGACUCCGACCUGAGUCCGCUGGAGGGUGACAGUGCGGAGGAGCUGGGCGAGCUAGACCCGGAGCUGGAAGCCAUCAAGGCCAAGGUCCGGGAGAUGGAGGAGGAGGACGAACGGCUAAAGGAGCUGCAGGACGAGGCCAAGAACCUCAUGCUGAGGUCGCAGGCAGGUGUCCCCUUUCCUAGGACGGCGGAGGAGAAAAUCGAGGCCGAUCAGAGAUCCAUCUACGUGGGCAAUGUGGACUACGGUGGAACAGCAGAAGAGCUGGAGUCUCAUUUCAAUAGCUGUGGGCAGAUCAACCGAGUGACCAUCCUCUGUGAUAAAUUCUCCGGACAUCCAAAAGGGUACGCGUACAUCGAGUUUGAAGCCAGGAGCUCCGUGAAGGCCGCGGUGGAGCUGGACGAGAGCAUGUUCAGAGGCCGCGUCAUCAAGGUGCUGCCCAAGAGGACCAACAUGCCAGGGAUCAGCACGACCGACCGCGGGGGCUCCAGGGGCCGUUUCCAAGGCCGGGGGGGCCUGUCUCAAAGGGCAAACGUCUACAGCACACUGCGAGCCAGGCCCAGAGGGAGAGUGUACCGGGGUCGGGGCAGGCUGUUGCCAUGGUUCUCGCCCUACUAGGCCGAAGGACGGGAUUACGCUGGAGACUCCCAACAGGACUGGAUUUAAAAAUGGGGGGGGGAUGGGCGAGGGGUGGAAAGAGAACCUCCCCCAGCUGUGAGAGGUGUGGACGCUUUUAACGUUUUGUAGCGGUGUGGUGGGCUGGGGAACAAUGAAGGGGGUGAUUUAAUCUGAGGGAGAACGGAUCCAGGCUGCUCCUCACAGCAGGUGCCCACAGGACUCCAUGCCAGAGCCAUGGCCUGAGUGCGGUGACAAUGUCAAACCCUUCUUGCUGAACCCAGUGUCCUCCCAGGUAGAAGCAACCGCUGAUCGCCCGGCAUACACGGCGCGCUCUUGGCAGCAAUAGGAACAGAGUUCACCAGAGGUUCAACAUUGUCCUCAUCCUAGAGAACCGGGGGAGGGGGGAGGCUGCAUUUUAGGACUCCAUAGGUCAGGUUUGGCCUUUGGGCCCCUGGCAGUAGACACCCAUCUAGCAGGGAUGUGGGUGGGUGGGUGCUUCUGGAGUAUUUAGAUCGGCUCUGUUGGGGCGAGGCAGAUAGAGGGGGCACAGGAAAACGAUCCCUGUUAGAAGUGAGCCGCAGAAGUGGCUUCCAAAGGAGUCCUCUAUACUUCAGCCAGGCCAUCCCUCCUGCCACCAACCUACUGGUGCCUCCGCUCGGCUCUCUGGGACUCACCUCACCCGUGGCGCACGGAUGCCAACAGCUCUUUAGCACAGGUAGGCUCUCGAGACCUUCCAAGGAAAGUAGGAUCCUUCCACCUUUUGGAAGGGCGGGGUAAGAUUCUGGGGCACAACUUAGAUUUAGAUCAGGCCUUUGUUUUUGUACCCUAGCUCUAAGUAGCCUCCUGCGGGUCUGAUAGCGAUGUCUCCAGGGAAAUCUGUCGAAGGAAAAGAUCCCAUUAGGAUUCUGUCCCCCUCAGUGUGGCCCUGCUCCAGGGGAAAGGCGUGAGCAUAACAACAUGCGCUGGCUUUCUCAAUGUGCUCCUCUUCUGCGUGGUAAGAGCAGGAUUCAGCCCUGCAGUCCCGUGGAAGCAAAAGCCGCCUUUGCCGGGUUUCUCUUUAAACACGACUCUAUUUUCUUUCAGUCUGGCUUAUAGAAGGCCUCUCUACUGGCAAACCUUCCCCCCACCCCCCACGAUCUUGUUCUGUAGCUGCAAUUCUAGUCCAGGGGCUCUCGGCUUCACUCCUGAUGGGCAGCGUGCGAAUCUCGUCUCUAGAGACAAGUGUGGGUUUUGCAGGUCUAAGCUUAGGUUCUCUUUAUCCCUCUCCCAGUGAGCACAGUUUGGAGGUCUGUGCUUGAAGUCUGGGGCUGAACUAGCAGGGACUGCUGUCAGGCAGGGUGGAGGUGCGGGGAGGAGGUUUUGUGUUCGGAUUCUUGCACGGCACCUUGUGUUGUGCAGCCUAGGCUGCUGUGGUUUGCCUCCUGACUUUCAGGAGCGCUAAACUUGCUUGUGCUUUUAAAGGAAGAUGUUUCUGGUUUAAAAAAAAAAUGGUUAAAAAACCCAAUGAACAAUGUUACUGCAUAAAGUUAUACAUUUUAGUAGAAUUCCAGCACGAACUUUUGGGACCUUUAGUCAGGAUUCCCUUUUCCCCAGCGAUGGUUUUUGGACAGACGAAGGCACAGUCAGGCUAAGCCUAUUUUCAAAACCGAUUUCCCUCCCUGGUAACACAUUGGCUCAUUGAAUUUCAAAAAUCGAACUCUUCACACAUUUACUCUUUGCACUUUUUCUAGCAUGAACAUCGAGAGGCUGUUGCUUCAUUUGUUGGUUCCCCUGAACUAGCCCAAACUUUGGGUUGCCAAUUGGAAAGGGGAAAUCCAAACUUUUCGCAUUUUUUUUUUUUAAAGUCAUUUCUGUUGGUAGAUCUUGCAAGUCCUAGAACGUCUUGCAAAACCUAACAUUGGGCUCGAACAUACCUGGCCGUGACCUUUUAAAGACCGUUGUUGAAAAGGAAAGCCUGAAGGCUGGGCUUUGCAAGUGGGAAUAUUUAACUCACCUUUUUAUGUGUAAAAGUUUAUGAAAAUAGUCAAGUACAGGUGUGACUUGUUUGAGUGGGAGGUGGGCUGGAGGCUGGGAGAGUGAAGUGCUGGACGCAAGUUAUUAGAUGACAUGUAAUGAUUGAGCUGAACAGAUUGCUCUGAU